ACGAUCUAGCAGAUUUAGAGCAGUUCCCGGCUUGCACGUGUAGAAAUUGCACGUGUGACAUGCAGGAGAAACUCGCGCAGAUGCGUGAAAGGGAACGCUCCCAUCAAUUUUUGAUGGGUCUGAAUGAUGUUUUGUAUGGGACUUUGCGGUCAAAUCUGUUGGCCCAGGAAAUCAUACCACCAGUGUCAAGAAUAUAUAACAUUCUUGUCCAAGAUGAGACGGCACGGCAUGGCGUGCACAAAGGAGAAAGCAGUGAAGCAGGUGCAUCCGUGUUUGCCGUAAAGAACAAGAUGGAGGUCAAAGAGCUCAUGUGCUCACAUUGUGGGAAAACAGGACAUGAUAUUGAGGCAUGCUACAAGCUGAUCGGGUACCCAGAGGGAUGGGUGUACCGCGAUCAGGCUGGAAGAGGAAGAGGAAAUGGCCGGGGAAGAAAUCGUGGUGCUGCACGAGGUGGCGGACGGACGACCGUGGCGGCUGGACGGUCGACCGUUACGGGAGGACGAGGGGAAGUCCAUGCAGUUCAAGGAGAAGAGAAAGGACCAUCCCCGCUCCCGAAUUUUGAGGAUCUGACACCUGAACAGUGGAACGCUGUUCGUCAUGCACUCUCGCUCUCCCCUACAGAUAACUCACAGAAACUAUCAGGUGAAAUGUUGAAUGAAGAUGGAGCAAGUGUUUCUUCUCCAGUUGAACACUACGACAAUGAAGAUGACAUGACUGCGGAAGAGCAGCUGAACCGUUCCACGAGGAACGGUCGACCGGAGGAGACCAGUGAAGCAAGUGAGCUACAGACGGUAGACCCGGUGGACCGUCCCGCUGUCCACGGUCGACCGUCCGAGAGGCAGAAAGAUGGACCUCUGGGAGUGCAACCAACGGUCGACGUGGUGGACCGUCCUGAGGACCACGGUCGACCGUCCGAAGGGCAGAAAGAUAACCUCCAGAGGGAUGAUGAAACGGUCGACCAUGACGAGGAGAACGGUCGACCGUCUCUGCGGCAGAAAGAAGACGCUCAGGAACCAUUACAGACGGUCGACCCCGUGGACCGUUGCACGGAUGGCGGUCGACCGUCCUUUCUCCAGAAUACAGCAGAGACCUUGGGACGUGGUCAGCGGGAAAGGCGCCCAAAUGACUCUUUGCUAUAUAUGCGGCUGUAUUGUAAAUUGUAAAACACGGAAAGGAAUACAAAGAUUUUGAUUCCGAAACAACUCUUUCACGAUCACACACAAACACACGAUCGACGGCGUGAGUCGAUCGAGAUCAGCACCGAAAAAAACGUAUCUUGCUCAGGAUUUAGCUCUGAUACCAUGUAAAAAUUUAGAGUAAAACUGACCUGUUUUC